AGUCUUACCUCGGUCCUCCCUCCCUCCCUCCCUUCCUCCCUCUCUCUCCCUCUCACUGCAUCCUCCUCACACAUGAUCCGGCAGCAUCCAUCUCUCCGGAUGCCUCUUGAUUCCCGCCUCUCCGCGGCAUCAGCACCAGUCAUUAUUUUGUCUCUAUUCAGUGAGGAUAAUGCAGAGCGGAGGGAUGGUGAAGACAUGAGCAAAUCCAACAGAUUUCGAUGGAGUCCUCUUUCAACGCCGUAGAGCUCCGGGAGCUGCGGGGCGGAGGAGUCCGGCGAGGCGUGUCUCCGACGCCGGCCUCAGCACCCUGGACAGCGGCCACAGCCCGGGGCUUUGAGAACGCCUCCUACCAGCAGGACGAGGAGCACGAGCACUGCCAGCAGGGGGUGACUGAACCACAGGGUUGUCCGCCCUCAACUUCAGACAACAGCAAGCAGCAGCAGCAGCAGGAGCUCUCUCCGCAGUCCUACGAUGAGGAGGAAGGAGGUGGCGGGCAGGACGACGGCCCGGACUUUACCGAGUUCAACCCCGCUGACGACCACUCGGCCGACUACGGCUUCAUCUUCGCCCUGGUGUUCCUGGUGAGCGGGAUCGUCCUGGUGGUCAUCGCCUACACCAUCCCGCGAGAGGCCAAAGUCGACCCGGACUCGGUGUCGGCCCGCCAGAUGGAGAAGCUGGAGAUGUACUACGCCCAGCUGGGCUCCCACCUGGACAAGUGCAUCAUCGCGGGCCUCGGCCUGCUGACACUGGGGGGGAUGUUCCUGUCCGUGCUGCUCAUGGUGUCCAUCUGCCGGGGAGAGAUGUACCGACGCAGGGCAGCGUUUGUUCGACCCAAGAGGACUUACGGCUCCAUCAACCUGAGGAUGAAACAGCUGGCGACUGGAGAGGCAGAAGGAGGCGGCCAGGGCGGGGACAGAGUGGAGGAGUUUCUGGCGGAACACGCAGAGACACGGAAUAACAUACAGCCGGGUCCGAGCCGGGACUCCAAAUCAGAACCAGGACCGAGCAGAAAUCCUCCUCCUGCAGCUGCUGCUGCUGCUGCUUCGUCCUCUUCUUCUUCAGCUGCUGUACAUGGAGUGAACUAGCUGUCCUUGAUUUUCACUCUGCAAUCCGCCUUCCUCUGAGGGAGUUGCAAAAUGUGGGUUUGCAAAAUGGUGCAGGUUCCCCCCCCCAUUUGUGCUAACAGAAGAAGCACAUGUUGAGCAUAAGGCUCUCUGCUGGAAUGACCCAGCUUUGACCCAGAAUUUUGGGACAGAAAAGUUUCUGGGAUAUUUAUUCCAACCAAUCAUAAAGGAUGUAUUAAAAACAAAAGAGGGCUCGACUGGUAGGAGAAGAGAGGUAAGCCUAUGUUAGUUUGGGAAAGAGCACAUUUGGAGGUGAAUGGUUAUAUAUCAAAGAUUACAGUUUUGAUAUUUAAAUCAUAGUACGUUUAUCAAAGGUUUUACAAGAGAAAGCACAUUGUGUCCGACAGCCCUGGAGGUUUCUCGUCGCUGCAGAAAGCAAGAUUAAUACUUUAUUUAUGAAGUCCAGUGUUGAUGCUCAUCUAUCAGGCGACCAAAAGAUGUUCAACAUUUAAACCUAGCCAUAUUUUAAAACCCCAAUCACAAUACAUACUAUCUGACUUAUCAUGCUGCUGUGAACAUCACUGGAAAUUAGUCAUUUGAUAGAAAAGUGUUAAUGGACUGUCUAAAUAAAGUGUUAUGGAAGUGUGAUGCUAGUUCUCGCACAAAUAAACCGAGGCAACAUUUUUGUAAGUAAUAUUUCACUCAUUUACUCUCACCACCAACAUCUGCAAUACAUGGACAUAAACUUUAUGACAAUUAGAGCCUGACAGAUAAAUUGGCCACUGAUCGAUAUCCCUGGUUUAAGUUUAAUUUAUGGAUUUAUGUUAAAAAAAAAACACCCGUUGAAAUAUCGUUAUUACAUUUCUAAGCCAAGUAUUGGCCUCAAAAAACCCAGAAUCUGUCUGCCUUUAACCAUAACUAGACUGCACAAAAAAGGUGAUAAGUUGAACACAUGUUCACAGCUUUUUUCUUUGUGUUUACUGAACAAACUGCUGCUUUCUGACACUAUCUACCCAGUUAAUAAUGCAGCUUAAUGCAGCUUUAAUAUUUCCAUUUAAAAAAUAUUCUGAGCAUUUUGAUUGGCUUUAAUUCACCAAAAAGGACAGACCUGCACAAUAAAAAAUAGAUAUGUUUCAUAAGGAAAUACAAUAAAAUAGUAGUAGAGUAGUAGGAGGUGUUGAUGAGACCUGACAUGAGUCACUGUUGAGAGGCUGACACACAUUACCCAGAAAGCAUUGCAUCCCAGCCCAAAAGGUCUUCUUACCUGAUUUGUUAGUCAGUGAUAAUGUUCUCCCUUGACUUCAAGUUCUUUUUUUUUUUUAAAUCUUUGUGUGUUUUGACCUCCUCAACAACAAUAUGAGAGAUUUUAUCAAUGCGUCUUUGUUGCAAAUCUUAUCCCAGUGGGAAAAAAACAGAUUGUGUUUUCGUCACAGCAAUGUCUCCACCAGGCUAAAUCGAUUAUUGGGUAGUUUAGUUGGGAUUACACAUGUGUUUGAAGGAAAAUCUGUGAAAUCUGUGAAAAUCAACACUUUCACUGCUUUGUGGCUAAAUAAAUGAAUGUUCCUUUCAGUAAAUCAUUAGUCAGACAUUACAUUGAAAUAAUUACAACCCAGAUCUCAAAAGUAUCACGUCACAUCUCUAAUGUCUCAUGCUGCAUCACCCCAAAACUGUUGCCUCAUGUUUACUAAUCAGCUUUUUUUUUUAUGCUCGCAUCACUUUCCAACAGCAUCAGAGAGGGAGUCUUUGUAUCAUGUUGCAAGUAAACAUCCAUUAUUCUCCCCGCUCCGUUGUGUGAAUGAUUAUAUUUAUCUGACAUUUAAAGGUCCUGACUGUUGAGUGGACAAUAAAACUAACUACCGUGCCACAUGCCGGUCGCUGCUGUCAUAAGGAAACCUCACAAUUUCACCUAAGGUGCUCAGUCCAUUAAAUCUAUUUAAAAAAAAACAAUAAUUUAGAAAUGUGCUUAAAAUAACAAUAUGAAUUCAGAAAAACAAACAUCAAGGUGUAUUCUUCUGACUGCAGCCCAGAGAAGAAGCUGGUUUUGAGUGGAAUAGACCUUUAAUGACACAGCGCCUACUCCUUUGUAUUAUAUGUAAUCAGAUGUUAUUUAUGUCAUGUAAGGAUACUAUAUGCCUUAAUGAGUAAACACACACUGUAAAUUGUGUAUAUGCAAAUAUUAUUAUGCUAAUGUAUUAAGGUCUGUAUAGUGAGCCAAUUAGCCAAGGGCAAUGUAGCCACACACACACACACACACACACACACACACAAAAAUGUCCUCACUUGUCAACUGAUCUCACAAGCGAGUUUGUGGCUCUGUACUUGUAAGGACAUCUCAAGUGUAACACACACCAACAUACUAAUCUCAAGCUGUUUAUUAAAAUAUGUACCACAUUUUUAUUUCACAGUACAAAUAUACUGUAAAUACUACAUACUUGUAUAGACGUGUCGGAUGUAAAGGACCAGCAAAAGUUAAAAUGCUCAAAAACCAAAAUGCGCAACGCAGGUAUGCAAAACCUCGUCACAGUUUGAUCAAUUUAUUUCUGUCAGCAGCAACAGUUUAAUGGAAACAUACGACAGCGAGCCGUGAACAGCUGAACAAUUGAGCUUCAAAUAUUCAACAUUCAGAUGAAUGAAAUAACAAACGACUCAGAGGAAAAUGUAAUAGUUAGAACAUAUCAGGGCUGAAACUAAUGAUUUUAUUAAUUGUAGAUUUAUUGUUUGGUCAGUAAAAUGUCAGAAAAUAGUAUAAAAAUAAAUUAAAUGUCUUGUUUUGUCUGACUAACCAUCCAAAAUGAAAGAAAACCAGCAAAUAUCCCUAUUUUAGUGGCUGGAACCAUUGAAUUUUUGGCUUGUCUUCUUAAAAAAAAUAACGACGUAAACAAAUACUGGAUUUUCUAAAUCGUCGCUGAUACAUUUUCUUUCGAUUGACUAAUCAAUUAAUGGACUAAUCGUUGCAGCUCUAGUAGAUAUAAAAUAAAUCAAAUUCUAACUGUAAAACAUAUGAUGACUGAUGAUUAAAAAGAAAGCACACCAAGCUUCACUAAAAUGUUCUGCAGGUAAUUAAGAAAUAUUUCAAAUUCAUUUAUUUUGAGAUAAAAGCAACUAACAACAGGAGUGUCUGUUAAAGAUGUUAAACAAUAUAAUGACAUGAUCCAUAUUGGUCAGUACUGUUCUAUAAUAUCUGGUUGAUUUCAAUGACAGGAUAGUCACAGGUUCAAUCCCUGCUACAGUGCGUUACUGCUGAGGUGUCCUUGAGUAAGAAAAUACUCAUUCUACAGGCUUCUGGGGGAACAUGUGCAUUUAUGUGAGGCCGCUCCGUGACUAAAUCUUAAAAAGGAAAAAUCAGCCUUAUGUUUGGGGAUUAGAAAGACUCGUCUAUGUGUAACACCUAAAGCUGCAGGCAGGACCUUUCGAGAAAGGGGUGGAAAUGUUUGAAAAUAUUCGCUGUACCGACAGUCAACGUUGGUUUCUUUUAACCGUAACGGCGGCCGCUCCAAAACUGUAAGAAAGUACAGUUUAUUUCAACCCAACUCAUGAUGAUCAUUCCCCAAACCUAACCAAACCUUAACCACAGCUGCGUAAAAUCUGAAAACGCGUGUCGUUCUGAAAUGCAGUUACAAACGAUGCAUUUUGUCUUUAAAGGAGAAAUCCGGUGAACGCUGUGCAACCGGUAACCGGUAAUAUAGCCCAAGCACGGCGUUCGUCGUUCGACUGAUCGGGACUGUCGAUACACGAUCCGUUC